GAGGCGGCCUGACGUGUUCCGCGCAGCGCGAGGCGGCGUUGCACCAUCAAUCAGUCCCGCUGUAAUAACGCCGGGGACGUUAACACGGCACCGCGCUUUCCGCCCGGCUGAAAACGACUAGGAAUAGAGAGAAAUAUCGACCUUUUUUAAACGCACGCUUGCGCUGACGGAAUAAGAUCGAGCCGAUACAUGUUUUAUUUGCUCCCGGGCGUCAGGAGAGGGCGUUGCAGGAAAGCGCAAGGUGACAUGUCUUUGACGAGAAAUACGCGUGCACGCUCGAAGGAAGAAGCCAACCGUUAAAAUGAGGCGGGUGCAGCAGCGCUGUCCACGCGCAGAGCUCUCGAAUUAAACGCAGCCAGUUGCGGGGCGUGCGCGGAUCCCACGCCGGAGCGAGGGGAGAAUCUGCUGGCGGCGGCGGAAAAUGCGCGGUCUCGGGUCCAUCUGCGCAGGUGGAUGGCUGACCUGAUGCUGCAGCGGUCCGCCUCAUCCUCCUCUCCGCCCCCCCCGCCACCCCGAAGCGAAGCGCUCCCGCCCCGUCGGCGUCGCUGUGCACGCGAGUCUGCGAUGGUAGCCAGGACGCCCGGUGACACGCGCUGAGCGCGGCGACGCGAGAGCCAUGCUUCCCGGAGUCGGGGUGUUCGGCACGAGCCUGACCGCGCGGGUCAUCGUGCCGCUCCUGAAGAGCGAGGGCUUCGCCGUGAAGGCGCUGUGGGGCCGCACGCAGGAGGAGGCCGAGGAGCUGGCCAAGGAGAUGAACGUGCCCUUCUACACGAGCCGGAUCGACGACGUGCUGCUGCAUCAGGACGUGGACUUGGUGUGCAUCAACCUGCCGCCGCCGCUCACGAGACAGAUCGCCGUGAAGACGCUGGGAAUUGGCAAGAAUGUGAUCUGUGACCGAACAGCCACCCCGCUGGAUGCCUUCCGCAUGAUGUCGGCGGCGCAGUACUACCCGAAGCUGCUGAGCAUCAUGGGGAACGUGCUGCGCUUCUUGCCAGCUUUUGUGCAGAUGAAGGAGCUGGUGGAGCAGGGCUACGUGGGCGAGCUGCUGGUGUGCGAGGCGCAGGUGCACGGCGGCAGCCUGCUGGGUAAGAAGUACAACUGGAGCUGCGAUGACCUGAUGGGCGGCGGCGGCCUGCACUCGGUGGGCAGCUACCUCAUCGACCUGCUGACCUUCCUCACGGGCCAGAAGGCGGCCAAGGUGCACGGGCUGCUCAAGACCUUUGUCAAGCAGACGGACCACAUUCGCGGCAUCCGCCAGAUCACCAGCGAUGACUUCUGCACCUUCCAGAUGGUACUGGAGGGAGGGGCCUGCUGCACGGUCACGCUCAACUUCAACGUGCCGGGAGAGUUCCGCCAGGAGGUGGCUCUGGUCGGCACGCUGGGCCGGCUCACCGUUUGCGGAACGGACCUGUAUGGGCAGAAGAACAGUGCCCCGUGCAGGGAGCUCCUCUUAAAGGACAGCACAGCGCUGGGGGGCGCCUCGCUGCCAGAGAAAGCCUUCAGUGACAUCCCAGCGCCGUACCUCACCGGAACCAUCUGCAUGGUGCAGGCCGUGCGCCGUGCCUUCCAGGGACAGGAGGACCGGCGCACCUGGGACGGCCGGCCGCUCACCAUGGCCGCCACCUUCGAGGACUGUCUCUACACCCUGUGUGUGGUGGACACUAUCAAGAAGUCCAACCAGUGUGGGGAGUGGCAGAGUAUUGUGGUCAUGAAGGAGGAACCUGAAGUGAGCCCCGCCUACCUGAUCAGCGAAGCCAUGCGGCGAAGCAGAAUGUCUCUGUACUGUUAGGAUGGCUGCUCGUGCGUGUGUGCGUGUGUGCGUGUGUGCGUGUGUGCGUGCGUGCGUGCGUGCGUGCACUUCGGGCGUUGCUGGGAUUGCCCUGGAGCAGAGUUCGACGCCAGGUGGGCUUCUAGGCCGGUGCUGACCCAGCUCAAACUGCGCGGUCAUGUGGGACGGCACUCUUUUGCAACAGACCGCACGACACCGGAAGGGACCACAUCGCAGCGGUGCCUGUGAGCCUCCAAGGUGGCAAAUGUUGUCCUGAACGGUUUGCGGGUGGAGCUGAAAAAAAGCCUCACAAACAACGGUGGGGCUUUGGGAAAGGACCC